ACCCAGACACAGGCAGUGAGUGCAGCAAUUAUGAGAUCCAACGUCUUGACAAGAAUCGACUUGUCCCACAACCCGAUCACGGAUUCAGGUUGCGUUAGUCACAAAGAAGAUACGCCAGGAUUAUUGGAUGCAUUGGCUGCCAACAGAAGAAUUGAGAGUCUGAAUCUGUCUCAGACUAGCUUGACCCAUGGCGUUGGAAGAGCGUUGGGAAUUGCACUAGACAAUCAUCCGUUGAAGCACCUCGACAUGUCUUCGAAUCAUCUUGGAGAUCGAGGGGUGGAGUACUUGUCUCAAAUCCUCCACACUUGUUACUUGGAGGAGUUGAAUCUUUCCAACAACCGAAUCUCAAACAAUGGCGCGUGUUUCUUGGCUAAUGCAUUGAGAGGAAAUCUUACUUUGAAGAUCCUAGACUUAUCUUGGAAUCACAUUUUGCAGCAAGGAAGCGUCAGUCUGUUUCAAAGUUUAGAAGAGAACUUGUGCAUCGAAGAAUUUUCGUUGAAUUGGAACUACAUCGGUCAUGGAGGCGGAAUAGCCAUGACUGAAAUGCUGAGGCGAAAUGGGAAACUUCGCUUUCUCGACGUCUCUAAUUGUAAUCUUCCAGAAGAAUGUUGCGAAGAGAUUUCGAGCAGCUUGAAAGCUAAUUCAGGACUU